AUGGGCAACUCCAGCGGCAAGCCCGUCGUCUUCACUGAUGAAGUAGUAAGCCUCGACCACUUUCGACUGCUCCGUGUCGUCGGCAAGGGCGCCUUUGGCAAGGUCCGCAUUGUAGAGCGAAAGGACACUGGCUUGACCUUUGCUCUCAAAUAUAUCCGCAAAGAUGAGGUGGUACGCAGCGAGAGCGUAAGGAAUAUGAUUCGAGAACGACGGAUGCUGGAACACCUCAACCACCCCUUCUUGUGCAAUUUGCGAUACAGUUUUCAGGACGUCGAAUAUUUGUACAUUGUCGUCGACCUCAUGACAGGCGGUGACCUACGCUUCCACAUUUCUCGCAAAUCCUUCACCGAAGAGGCCAUUCGCUUCUGGAUCUCACAACUGGGCUGCGCUCUGCGCUAUAUCCACAAGCAGAACAUUGUUCACCGUGAUGUCAAGCCCGACAACGUGCUGCUUGAUUCUGACGGCCACGUGCAUCUGGCUGAUUUUAACGUUGCAACAGACCUCACACCUGGUAAGCCUCUCACCAGUCGAUCAGGCACAUUAGCCUACCUUGCGCCCGAGGUAUAUCGUGGCAAGGGCUACGGAGCCGAGUGCGACUGGUGGUCGUUGGGUGUGCUCUUCUAUGAGUGCAUCUACAGCAAGCGACCUUUUGAAGGACACCACCACGACCAACUUAUCCAAGCUAUCGUCAAGGGCGAGCCCAACUUCCCUGUUACCAACCCUCCCGUGUCGAUGGUGUGUAUGCACGCGAUCAGUUCGCUGCUGGAGAAAGACAAGUCACAAAGAAUCGGAGCCAGCAGCUGGAAUAGCUUCACCGACAACCCCUUCUUCCGCGAACUCGACUUUGAUGCGCUCGAGCGCAAGGAGAUUGAACCCAUCUUCAAGCCUUCAAGCGAAAAGACAAACUUUGAUGCUACAUAUGACUUGGAGGAGCUGCUACUGGAGGAGGCCCCAUUGGAAGCGCGCACCAGGAAACAGAAGCCUCGUCCCGAGUUACGAGCUGAUGCCACCGAGGCCGAAAUCCGUGCUGACGAGCUGCACCGCAUGAUUGAAACCAUGUUUGAGCCGUUCAACUACCUCACCGUUCCUGAAAACAGAAACCCUGUCAGCGUUGAAGGCGAAUCACCCGUCACUACAAAGUCAGAUCACAACGAUAGCCCCGCGCCUCAAGACCUGCACAAGGUCCGCUCAAUACCCACUCCUCAUGCCUCUACACCUCACAACGUCUCCCGUACCCGCUCAUCAACGCAAUCGCCCAAUGGCUCUCCUCCGCUACCGACCCACCAAGUUCAGAACAACGCACAUUCGCAAUCCGAAUACUUUGCCCAGCAACAACAAAGACUUCCUCGUUCCGAGCGCUACGACCUGCCUCCCCCUCCCCCUCCUCCCACUUCCCACCCGCAACAAGCCAACAACAAAGCUCACCGUCCUCGUGGCAGCACCCGAAGUACCUCUAUGAGUGGUGGCGUUCAGGUUGUGCUGAAUGAAACCGGCAGCUGGAGUGAAAUGGCCAACCAGAGUCAGACACUUGUCCAGCCCCAAGAGGAGCGUAAACCUGCUGGUAUGCUCGGUUUCCUUAGUCGCAAGAAGGGCAGAGAUCGAAGCCCCAAGGCCAAGGAGCGCGAACGUGGUGUUCUAGGUAAAGAAGGUGCCAGAGUCGUGGUUGGAAGCUGA